UUGCGUGACCGCCAUUAUCGAUCGGGGGGUUUUAGUUUCGCCCUGUGGCUGACAACGUCCCCUCCUUCUCCCGACGUUUUCCUCAGCUGCUUUCGUCCUUCGAUCGAAGCAUUCGAAGCUGCUCCUUCGUUGGUGAAAGUCGAUAUUACUGAAGGAUCUGUCUAACAACAUGGCUGUUACCGUGGACGAUAAAACCGUUGCUGAGCUACGCAACUUGGCCGACCGGCUUCGUAUCGACUCUAUCCGAGCUACCAACGCCAGCAAAUCAGGUCAUCCCACAUCAUGUGCAUCAAUGGCAGAAAUCAUGUCUUGCCUUUUCUUCCGUGUCAUGAAGUACAAGUUAUCUGAGCCAAGAGACAAGUCUUCAGAUCGUUUUAUUUUGUCAAAGGGCCAUGCUGCUCCCAUUCUCUAUUCUGCCUGGGCUGAAGCUGGUUUGUUCCCUGUCGAAGAUCUAAUGAAUUUGAGGAAAUUGGAUAGUGAUCUGGAAGGUCAUCCUACUCCACGUUUAAACUUUGUUGAUGUGGCUACUGGAUCACUUGGUCAAGGUUUGAGUGUUGCUUGUGGAAUGGCAUAUGUAGGGAAACAUUUUGAUAAAGCAUCAUACAGGACAUACUGCUUAAUUGGUGAUGGUGAAAGUGCUGAAGGAUCCAUUUGGGAAGCUUUGCAUUUCGCCGGACAUUACCGACUGGACAACUUGUGCGCCAUUUUCGACAUCAACCGUUUGGGCCAAUCCGAACCUACUUCUCUUCAGCAUAACAUGGAAGUCUAUCGUAAAAGAUUGGAAGCUUUCGGAUUCCAUGCUAUCGUCGUCGAUGGCCAUGAUGUAGAAGAGCUUUGCAAGGCCUUCGAUGAAGCAUCUUCAACCCUUGGCAAACCCACAGCCAUAUUGGCUAAAACUUAUAAGGGAUACAAGUUCCCCACUAUAUCCGACGAGCUAGAUUGGCAUGGGAAACCUCUGGGUGCGAAGGCUGAUGAAGUCAUCCACGCUAUUGAACAACAGAUGCAGCCGGGAACUUCAACUGGGGUACCUCACAUUGCUGAACCUGUCGAUGAUGCUCCCGAGGUCAAUAUUGAUGACGUUCGCUUGUCUGCGCCUCCUGCUUACAAAAUGGGUGAAAUGGUUGCUACUCGCCUUGCCUACGGUACUGCAUUGGCUAAAUUGGCCGAACAUAAUCCACGUGUCAUUGCUUUGGAUGGAGACACCAAAAACUCAACCUACUCUGACAAAAUUAAGAAAGUGUCAGCUGAGCGUUACAUCGAAUGUUUCAUUGCGGAGCAAAACUUGGUGGGAGUAGCCAUCGGGGCUGGUUGUCGCGGCCGUACUAUUCCGUACGUCUCUACCUUCGCUGCGUUCUUUACCCGUGCUUUCGACCAGUUGCGUAUGGGUGCCAUCUCGCAGACCAACAUUACGUGCGUCGGAUCGCACGCUGGAGUGUCGAUUGGUGAAGAUGGGCCAUCACAAAUGGCCCUUGAGGAUUUGGCUAUGUUCAGAGCCAUUCCAGGGUCUACUGUGUUCUAUCCCAGUGAUGCUGUCAGCUGCGAGAGAGCUGCUGAACUUGCAGGAAAAACCAAAGGCAUUUGCUUUAUUCGUACAUCUCGACCCAACACGGCUGUGAUCUAUGAAAACGAGCAAGCUUUUUCGGCUGGGAAGGGACACGUUGUACGUAAUCAUGACGAAGAUGAUUUGGUUAUUGUUGGAGCCGGCGUUACCCUUCACGAAGCCCUGAAGGCAUCCGAUAUGUUGAUGGAAUCCGGCAUCAAGGCUGCCGUCAUUGACCCUUUCACCAUCAAACCAAUCGAUCACGAUUUGUUGGUAAAGGAAGCUACUCGUUGUCACGGACGCGUUUUGACUGUAGAAGACCACUACCCAGAAGGCGGUUUGGGUGAAGCAGUAGCGUCGACUUUAGCCGAGCAACGAAAUGUCAUCGUCAAAAUUUUGGCCGUUCGCGAAGUUCCUCGUUCCGGUCCACCAGAGGUUCUCCUAGAACACUUUGGAAUUGGCGCCAAGGCUAUUGCCGAAGCCGCUAAGAAGCUUGUAGCUUUGUAAACUGUUUUUAAGUCAUGCAUUCCUUUACCCAUUCCUUACCAGAGGACUACAUUGGAUAAAUUAGAAGAACUGGUAGUGUUUGUAACAUUCUUCUAUGACAUUCCAGUUUAGAUAUGUAUUGUUUUGGCUAAUUGAUUUAUACAGAGUUUUGGUGUUAAAAAAAACCUUUUAUUCCUUAUUCAAAUAUAAAGUCUGAAAAUUGUA